AUGAGAAGCUUUGGGAAUUUGGGUCAAUGGCCUCUACUUGCAUUUGCUUUGGCAAUUUGCUUUGCAGCCAGCACUGUAUUUGCUGAUUACUCUUAUGACUAUACUUCUCCUACACCUUCUUACAGCUCUAAGAAAAGCACAACUAUUACAAGUCGCUUGCUCCUUCAAAGCACUACUACAAAUCCCCAGAGUGCAGUGAAGUAUUAUAAAUCACCGGCACCUUCAAAGAAUUACUAUAAGUCGCCCGCCCCUUCAAAGAAUUACUACGAGGCCCCAACUCCUUCAAAGAAGUAUUACAAGGCCCCUGCACCUUCAAAGAAGUAUUACAAGGCGCCCGCCCCUGCAAAGAAGUACUACAAGGCCCCCGCCCCCGCAAAGAAGUACUACAAGGCGCCCGCCCCCGCAAAGAAGUACUACAAGGCCCCCGCCCCCGCAAAGAAGUACUACAAGGCCCCCGCCCCCGCAAAGAAGUACUACAAGGCGCCUGCCCCCGUAAAGAAGUACUACAAGUCGCCUGCUCCAUCGAAGCACUACUACAAGUCACCAUCCCCAACAAAAUAUUACAAAUCGCCUGCUCCUUCAAAGUAUUACAAGUCGCCUGCCCCAACAAAGUAUUACAAAUCGCCUGCUCCUUCAAAGUAUUACAAGUCGCCUGCCCCAACAAAAUAUUACAAAUCGCCUGCUCCUUCAAAGUACUACAAGUCCCCUGCCCCAACAAAAUAUUACAAAUCACCUGCUUCUUCUAAAUACUAUAAAUCGCCGCCGCCACCAAAGUAUUACAAGUCACCAGUUUACUAUAAGUCUCCACCCCCACCUGCUUAUUAUCAAAAAUCACCUUCUUACUACAAGUCACCUCCACCUCCUCCAAAAUACUAUGAACAAUCACCUUCGUCCUACAAGUCACCACCACCACCUCCAAAAUACUAUGACCAGUCACCAUCUUCUUACAAAUCUCCACCACCUCCACCAUACUACAAAGAAUCGACACCUUCCUAUAAAUCUCCUCCACCUCCACCAUACUACAAAGAAUCAACACCUUCCUAUAAAUCCCCUCCACCUCCACCAUACUACAAAGAAUCUACACCUUCCUAUAAAUCUCCUCCACCUCCACCAAAAUACUAUGAGCAAUCACCUCCAACCUACAAUGUACCAUAUCUAUCAGCGACGGUAAAACUACCAUCAUACUACUCACCUCCACCACCAACGGAAUAUUACAAGCAAACUCCAACCUACACCUCACCUCCACCACCUGAGAAGUACGAGCAAUCGGCCACAUAUGCUUCACCUCCACCCCCACCAAGCUACUAUUGGGUAACAAUGAAGCCAUUACAUAAAAUUCAGAAGAGUGUCAAGUUGCAGUAUAAAAACCAGAAGAUCCCAACUCAACACUGCAAGAAAAGUCUUUGCUCUACCCUUCUCCUCUCCAAUUUUAGUUGGCUGCACAAGCAAAUGAGAAGCUUUGGGAAUAUGAGGCAAUGGCCUCUACUUGCAUUUGCUUUGGCAAUUUGCUUUGUAGCCAGCACUGUUGUUGCUGAUUACUCUUACGGGUAUGCUUCUCCCUCACCUUACAACUCUAAGAAAUAUUACAAAUCACCAUCUUCACCCAAAUAUCAAGUGCCUGCUCCUUCAAAGCACGACUAUUACAAGUCGCCUGCUCCUUCAAAGCACUACUACAAAUCACCAGUAGCAGUGAAGUAUUACAAGUCACCGGCUCCUUCAAAGAAUUACUACAAGGCCCCCGUCCCUUCAAAGAAAUACUACCAGUCGACUGCCCCUGCAAAGAAGUACUACAAGGCGCCCGCUCCGGAAAAGAAGUACUACAAGGCGCCUGCCCCUUCAAAGAAGUACUACAAGGCGCCCCCUACAAAGUACUACAAGGCCCCCGUCCCAGCAAAGAAGUACUACAAGGCCCCUACCCCUGCAAAGAAGUACCACAAGGCGCCCGCCCCUGCAAAGAAGUACCACAAGGCGCCCGCCCCUGCAAAGAAGUACUACAAGUCGCCUGCUCCAUCGAAGCAUACCUACAAGUCACUAUCCCCAACAAAAUAUUACAAAUUGCCUGCCCCUUCUAAAUACUAUAAGUCGCCUCCUCCACUAAAGUAUUACAAGUUACCAAUUUACUACAAGUCUCCACCACCACCAGCUUAUUAUGAAAAAUCACCUUCUCACUACAAGUCACCUCCUCCUCCUUCAAAAUACUACGAGAAAUCACCAUCUUACAAAUCUCCACCACCUCCACCAAAGUACUACCACCAAUCACCAUCUUCUUACAAAUCUCCACCACCUCCACCAAAGUACUACGAGCAAUCACCAUCUUCAUACAAAUCUCCACCACCUCCACCAAAGUACUACAAGCAAUCACCAUCUUCUUACAAAUCUCCACCACCUCCACCAAAGUACUACAAGCAAUCACCAUCUUCUUACAAAUCUCCACCACCACCUUACUAUAAAGACUCUAUACCUUCCUAUAAAUCUCCUCCACCUCCACCAAAAUACUACGAGCAAUCACCUCCGACUUACAAUUUACCAACUCCACCAACGACCGUAAAACUUCCAUCAUACUACUCACCUCCACCACCAACAGAAUAUUACAAGCAAACUCCAACCUACACCUCUCCUCCACCACCUGAGAAGCACGAGCAAUCCGCCACUUAUGCUUCACCUCCACCCCCUUGGCUACAAAAGCAAAUGAGAAGCUUUGGAAAUUCGGGGCAAUGGCCCUUACUUGUUGCUGCUUUAGCAAUUUGCUUUGUAGCCAGCACUGUUGUUGCUGAUUACUCUUACGGGUAUGCUUCUCCCUCACCUUACAACUCUAAGAAGUAUUACAAAUCACCAUCUUCACCCAAAUAUCAAGUGCCUACUCCUUCAAAGCACGACUAUUACAAGUCGCCUACGCCUUCAAAGCACUACUACAAAUCACCAGUAACAGUGAAGUAUUACAAAUCACCGGCUCCUUCAAAGAAGUACUACAAGGUGCCCACCCUUGUAAAGAAGUACUACAAGGCGCCCGCGCCUGCAAAGAAGUACUACAAGGUGCCCGCCCAUGCAAAGAAGUACUACAAGGCCCCUGCCCCUGCCCCUGCAAAGAAGUACUACAAGUCGCCUGUUCCUGCAAAGAACUAUUACAAGGCCCCCGCACCUGCAAAGAAGUACUACAAGGCCCCCGCCCCUGCAAAGAAGUACUACAAGUACUACAAGUCGCCCGCUCCAUCGAAGCACUACUAUAAGUCACCAUCCCUAACAAAAUAUUACAAAUCGCCUGCUCCUUCUAAAUACUAUAAGUCGCCGCCGCCACCAAAGUAUUACAAGUCACCAGUUUACUACAAGUCUCCACCACCACCAGCUUAUUAUGAAAAAUCACCUUCUUACUACAAGUCACCUCCACCUCCUCCAAAAUACUACGAGCAUUCACCAUCUUACAAAUCUCCACCACCUCCACCAAAGUACUACGAGCAAUCACCAUCUUCUUACAAAUCUCCAUCACCACCUUAUUAUAAAGAAUCUACACCUUCCUAUAAAUCUCCUCCACCUCCACCAAAAUACUACGAGCAAUCA